AUGAAGUCGGAGACCUUUCAUACAACCGAGCUUGCAGAGCGCUGCAAAUCAGCGUUACAGAUUUUACAGGAUCUUCUCGGUAACGGUGAUGCGAUCACCAAGAUAGAUCUCGAAGAAGCCCAUGGGCUGGUCAUCUUCAACUCCAUAGGCGCUUCUGUGGGUACUGGAUGCGCCGUUGGCUCCGGACUUGUGAUGGCUCGUCAUGCGAAGGGCGAUUGGUCAUUGCCCUCUGCUGUCUCCGAGACGUACGUUGGCGGAGGGCCAUCGUUUGGGGUUAAUGUGUACAGCUCGGUUCGGGUACUGAAGAAAGAAGAAUUCGAAAAAUGCUUUAUCAAGCAAAGACGGGAAUAUGGGAUGCAAUUCGCGGCUGCUGUUGGUCCUCUCGGUAUAAAGAUUGAGGUUGAAGGUCAGAGCAUGGUCCAACGUGUAGCAAAACCAGAGGGCUUGUACUUUGGUUGGACUGUUGGAGCUACACACUUCAAAGAGAACAAGGAUCUGAAUGCCAAGUUUUAUGGAAAAGAGCUGACUGCACGAGAAAUCCUCACUGGGAAGAUCCAAGUUCCUGAGGCAUGCAAGAACGAGGUGAGAAGUCUUUGGGACUUUUUGAACUUAUUGGAGAAGUAG